CGUUAUCUCAGUACCUGCUCAAGUUGCGCUAAAGUUGUUCCAGCGACGAGCGGCUCUCAGACCUCCCCACACUACCGGAACGCGAUGAACGUCAUGAUGCUGCGUCGAUCGGCCGCGGCCGUGGCUGCCAAGCAGAGCCUGAGCCGCACGGCACCCGCUGCGGUGGCCGGUAGCGCGCGCGGCUUCGCUAAUAUCCCCGCGCCAGGAAAGGUGGACCCCAAGCCCACGUGGGGCGAGGUGAUCGAGAAGAUGUCCGACACCUUCUUCCUUUCGGACGUGUUCCGUGCCACCUGGCUGGCCUGGGAAGUGCACGUUGAGCGCAAGGUUACGAUCAACUACCCGUAUGAGAAGGGCAUGCUCAGCCCGCGUUUCCGUGGCGAGCACGCUCUGCGUCGCUACCCGAGCGGCGAAGAACGAUGCAUUGCCUGCAAGCUGUGUGAGGCUAUCUGCCCCGCUCAGGCCAUUACCAUUGAAGCGGAGCCGCGUGCUGAUGGUGCGCGCCGUACCACGCGUUACGACAUUGACAUGACCAAGUGCAUCUACUGUGGCUUCUGCCAGGAGGCGUGCCCCGUGGAUGCCAUCGUCGAAGGCCCCAACUUCGAGUUCGCCACUGAGACUCACGAGGAGCUGCUGUACGACAAGGCCAAGCUGCUGGCUAACGGUGACAAGUGGGAGUUCGAGAUUGCCAAGAACCUCUCGGUUGAACAGCUCUACCGUUAAGCAGACACAGAUACUCAGAGGAACUCUGCGAGUUGCGGCCUGAAAGACCGACGAGUGGAGUGUCUUUAUAACAAAGAAAAUAAGAGCGAAUGAAUGGAGUUUUGUCGCUCUUCAAGAGUUCACGGUGCCCAGUGUAAGAUACAGUACAGCGGAUGCGUUGAGUUACAGUGCAGGACUACACGUCUUCCGGCGGUGCGAUAGUGAACUUAAUCUUCUUGAUAGUCUGGCCUGCGAACUGGUACGUCUUGUCUGGCAUUUUCGAUGUGUCCGUGUCGUAGAAGUAGCUCGUGCCCACUGUUUCCUCUAGUUGCCCAUGCAAUUCGUACUCUCCG